GGAGCAAACGCCUUGCUCAGCAAACUCACACAAGUCUCGUAGAUCGGCUAUCUCCGAUCGAGGCUCCCGAAUCCCGAUCAAGGAUCCCAAGCUGCUGCCUUUUGAGCUCGACUGCGAACAUGGCAUCUGCACUCACUGUCUCGUACGAACUACAUCCUCCGUCUGAGACCCCUGCCGAAGGACUGCAAACGCAAAAGACACAUAAGAGCGGCAAAGAUUACUAUGAAAGCCUGAGGAAGGCGGUCGCUGAGGCGAAGAGCGUGCUUGGAGAAGAGCUGACCGCCUGGAGAGAUGCGGUCGGGACAAGAGAGCAGACGAAGGAAAGUAAGCUGCCAAAAAAGGACGAGGAGGACGAGGAGGACGAAGAGCAGGAAGAGCAGUUGAACCAGCUGGACAGUUAUACGUGUAUACUAGUGUAGGUGACUCUACCGCCCCAUACGCUUCUCCUUGCCCCGAGGCCUCUCGUGAACAACCAGCUUGUUGCUGUUCUUGGGACCCUUAGGACCGGUUGCGCGUCCGCACGCCCUUCGAUACCCAACCCCAAAUCGACCGCGGUUGCUUGUUACCCUUGGACUUUCCACGACCUCCUCCGUGAGGGUGAUCACACCUGCGAAAGUAUGAGAAAGAUCAUUGAUGAGAACACGCGUGAGCGUACCUGUUCAUAGCCAUACCACGGACGUGAGGUCUACGGCCCAACCA